GAGCUGCAAUCCCAGUCAGUCUGAGUGGAACCGCUGAUAGGGAAUGAUGGGUGUCACGGUGAAAAUUUUGGUCUUGAUACUGGCCAUUGGCGGUGGAUUGGUCUAUAAGAAUGUUAGCCAAUUGUGGGCAGAUUUGCCUAUUCCCCAGCUGGAUCCUCAGGAGUGGUGGGGGGAUGAAGCACAGCCCAAGGAUUAUGCCGCCUAUUUAGCCAAUAAUUCGGAGGUGAUUAACAAUAAGCUGAGUUAUCCGGAAAAGACCAUUGAUGACUUAAAAGAACGCCUCAAUCGGACACUGCGUUUAACGCCUCCUCUUGAAGGCGUGGCUUUCGAGUAUGGUUUCAAUACGGAUUACCUUAAGGAGGUCGUGGAAUACUGGCGCGAUGACUACCUGCCUCGUUGGCGGGAGCGCGAGGUGUUCCUUUGGCAGUUCAACCACUUCACCACCGAUAUUCAGGGGCUACGCAUGCACUUCCUACACCUGAUGGUUUAUGAUGACAACAAAGUUGGCAAGAAACACUAUCCGGUGUUGCUACUCCACGGCUGGCCGGGAUCGGUAAGAGAGUUUUACGACCUUAUCCAUUUGUUGCACCAAUCCAACUUGGACAAGAACAACAAGUACAUCUUCAACGUGGUGGUGCCCAGUUUACCAGGUUACGGCUGGUCGGAGGGCACUUCCAGAAAGGGCCUUGGACCCGCUCAGGUGGCUGUGAUAAUGAGGAAUCUUAUGCUGCGCUUGGGAUACGACAAAUUCUUCAUCCAAGGAGGAGAUUGGGGAAGCAUAAUUGGCAGCAACAUUGCCACCUUGUACCCAGAUAAUGUCCUCGGCUAUCACUCCAAUUUGUGCAACAAUCUAAGUCCCAAGUCAUUGGUCAAGGGUUUGGUGGCUGGUGUUUGGCCCAGUUUGUUUGUGCCAUCUGGCUUUGAGGACUUUUUCUUUCCAAAGUCAAAUGAGUUUAAGUACCUAAUGGAGGAGAGUGGCUACUUCCACAUCCAAGCCACCAAGCCCGACACCAUUGGCGCCACACUUACUGAUAAUCCCGUAGGAUUGGCUGCCUAUAUCUUGGAGAAGUUCUCUACUUGGACUAAUCCCAGCUACCGAUCUCUGCGGGAUGGAGGAAUCACAAAGCGCUACAAAAUGGACGCUCUGCUGGAUAACCUGAUGAUCUACUAUCUGACCAAUUCGAUCACCACAUCCCAACGUCUGUACGCGGAGCAGUAUGCCCAGGCUCAGCGGGAUUUGCACCUGGAAAGGGUUCCCACGAAAGUGCCUACGGGAUGCGCCCGGUUCAAGAGCGACAUCAUGCAGUUCCUGGACAUCCAAUUGCAGGAUAAGUUCACGAACCUGGUGCACAGCACCUACCACCAAAAGGGCGGACACUUUGCCGCUUUGGAGGUGCCAAAAGUUCUCUACAAAGACUUCAUAGAUUUCGUCAAGACGGUGGAACAGAAAUUUAGAAUUAAGUCACUGUAGAUCUGUAUUUAAUAAAAGGUUACUUCUUUUUCAAAAAGGAGUCGUUUUAUAUAUUUACUUACAUACACAUGUGAAUAUAUGUAUAUACAUAUAUAUAUGUAUAUCGAUAACUUAAAAAUUGAUCCAAGAGCCUAAUAGAAAUAAUUCAAUUUUUACUUUACUGUACACUUAAUUACAAAAAGUGAAUUGGUAAGGUAAUUUUUAUUAGGGUUUAUUUUUAUCUUUAUCAUAAUAAAUUCUGCAAGAUUUAUUCAUCAA